UGCGCCCGGAGCGGCGAUGACAGCGCUCGCACUUUCCGCGGCUCUGUCGAGGGUCUCUGGUCCCAGCGAACGGACAACAAGCUCCAUCUGAACCAUCGCGGGGUGAAUCGGGCUGAAAGAGACACGUAGGCGGGAGACUCGAGGCAGAAUGCGGCCGCUGUUCGUGGUGCUGAAACCGCUGUGUUUUCUCGCCCUGCUCGGCUACUGCCCUUCCGCGACCAUCAGACCAAAGGAAGGCUGGCAGGUGUACAGUUCAGCACAGGAUGCCGACGGUCGCUGCAUCUGUACCGUUGUGGCACCAGAACAGAGCCUGUGCUCCAGAGAUGCAAAGAGCAAGCAGCUCCGCCAGUUGCUGGAGAAGAUUCAGAACAUGUCGCAGUCAAUCGAAGUGCUGAACCUGAGGACCCAGAGGGAUUUCCAGUAUGUCAUGAAAAUGGAGAGCCAGAUGAAAGGACUCCGAUCAAAGUUCAGACAAAUCGAGUCCAACCGAAGAACAUUAUUGACUAAAAACUUUCAGGAGCUGAAGGGGAAGAUGAAUGAGCUGCAGCCGCUGAUUCCAGUUUUGGAGCAGUAUAAAACUGAUGCCUCGCUCAUUUCCCAGUUCAAGGAGGAGAUCAGGAAUCUGUCUGUGGUGCUGAUGGCCAUUCAGGAGGAGAUCGGAGCGUAUGAUUAUGAGGAGCUCCAGCAAAGGGUCCUUGGCUUGGAGGGAAGACUGAGGAACUGCAUGAACAAACUUACAUGUGGUAAGCUGAUGAAAAUCACAGGGCCCAUCACUGUAAAGACAUCAGGAACAAGGUUUGGAGCAUGGAUGACAGAUCCUCAGGCUUCACCGAAGAAUAACAAGGUUUGGUACAUGGACAGCUAUACCAACAACAAGAUUGUACGUGAGUACAAAUCAGUCAGCGACUUCGUAGCAGGAGUCGAGUCAAAAACCUACAACCUCCCGUUCCACUGGGCAGGAACCAAUCAUGUGGUCUACAAUGGCUCGCUGUACUACAACAAAUACCAGAGCAACAUCAUUGUCAGAUACAGCUUCGAAAGUGGCCGGGUCACGACUCAAAGAGCCCUGGAGUCCGCAGGAUUCCACAACGUCUAUCCGUACACCUGGGGCGGAUUCUCCGACAUUGACCUGAUGGCCGACGAGCUCGGUUUAUGGGCCAUCUAUGCCACCAAUCAGAAUGCAGGGAAUAUAGUGAUCAGCCGACUGGAUCCUCAGACCAUCCAGGUGCUGAACUCCUGGAACACUGAAUACUCUAAACGCAAUGCAGGCGAGUCCUUCAUGAUCUGCGGCACACUCUAUAUCACCAACUCACACCUGACCGGAGCCAAGGUUUACUACUCUUACUCCACUAAAACAUCCACCUAUGAGUACAUGGACAUCCCUAUCCAUAACCAGUACUUUCACAUGUCCAUGCUGGAUUACAAUGCCAGGGAUCGUGCGCUUUACGGAUGGAACAACGGCCACCAGGUACUGUUCAAUGUCACGCUUUUCCACAUUAUUAAAACUGACGAUGAAUCCUGAGAGACGUAGCCUGAGGUGAGAGGAAAACUAUCUGCAGUUACACUAUGUAAUUACCGUGGUAUUGCUGUGAAAUAAUGGGAUUUUUAUGUUACAAUCAAAAGAUGAGUUUAGUUGGAGGUUCUCUGGGGGCCUCUGGAGAUGUCAUUUGUCAGACAUUUGUGCUUAAAAUCAAAAUCAGAUUUGGAUAUAGACAUUAAUGAACUUUUAAGACUCUAUUUAAAUGUUGUUUGUGAAACUUUCAAUGUGUGACAGUGGUGUUCAGCUGUAAUACUUGAUUCAACAAAGAAUGUAACAAAUAUAGCGCUAAAAACUACAUUAAAAAUAGAAGAAAAUCAUUACAAACAUACUGAUCUGUCAGACUGCAGAACUUUGUUUUAGUUUGUCAUAUAUUUAUGGAAUUAAAGGGAUAGUUAAAUCUAAAAUGUAAAUAUGCUGUUUGUUUACUCAUGAA